UGUAUUUGUGUUUUGUGUUUAAGUAUGAGCUAUUGGAUACAUGAAUUUCCCCUAUGAGGAUGAAUGAAGUAUAUCAAUCUAUUUAUCUAUCUACCUGCAACAUUUUUGAAAAUACCAAAAAUAAUGUAAACUGACACUCUGCACAUGCGCACUCGUGUUGUGUCGGGUGGUUGUCACCCUCGCAUCACUUCCUGGUUAGACUCGAGACUGUUUACAUCAGGUGAGGCUACCUCGAUAAACGCACAGCAGGCGCGUGCGCUACUGUUUUGUCAUUUGCCACGAAACCCUAAUCUGGAUUAUUCUUUUUCGUCGAACGCACGCGGAGGAGGAAUAAAACAUGUCCCCGGCCGCCGCCUUCCACGCGCAACUCGCGUCCAUCAUGGAGGUGCUCGCGAACACGGCCGUGGCGGAGAUCUGUGAGCUCGUGGACGGCGGCUACGCGGUGCUGCAGCUGGAGAUCUCGCGGAGCCGCAAAGAGAACGAAACGCUGCGGAGGAAGCUUCGUCUCAUGGAGCUGCGAGCUGCCCGCGCGAGCGCCCUGCGAGCCAUGGCCACCGCCAACGGCUCCACUUUGCUUCUCGCGGGUGGCCGCGCACGAGCUUCGUUGGCCGCUCAUCACCCCGGCAACGAGCCGCGGAGGAGCAGAACACCUGGAGGUGAGGUGUCGCUGUCCAGAGUGUCCCCCCAGGAAACGCUGCGGUGCAGGAACAUCCAGCCAUCCUCAGACUCCAGACAGGAAACCACGCAACAGGCGCACCCUGCAGCAUGUGAGUCGGCCAAACUGACGACUGCAGUGAUCAAGGUGGAGGAUGAUGAUGAGUCCUGGUCUCAGCCUGAGCAGGAAAAAGAUUUCUGUCAUGUUAUUCAAGGACAGCAGACGGAGACAGAAGCUGCGCCUCUAUUGACCAAACAGGAAGUAAUAGAGGAUGGUGGCACAUCUCUGUCAUGGACGGACGGUGACAUCAGCUCCAACACCAGCAAGAUGCCAGACAGCAGUGACCCAGCAGGUUAUGACUGUGUGAUAUAUGAGCCGCAGGUCCAACAUGGCCCCUGCAGUACCCAGAAUCCUUUGCGUGAGGACCCAGGCUGCUCGUAUAUGUUGAAUACCAGUGAGAGCGUUUCAGAUGCGUCUGAUUUAGGUGGCAACUUCUCGUUCCCUGUCAGUGAGGUGACUUUGUCUGUAGCAGAGCACCAGCAGCCCGCAGGCUUCCAGGACAGCCAGCAGAGGGCGCCGUUACCUGCAGAUGAGCCGCAGCUUCCUGUGAGGAAAGAAAUGCAGCAUGCUUAUGUCAGAAGGGACGGAUGGAGACGUCAGGACAGCAUCAGCAGAGAGGAUAGCAGCGGGAAGGCGUUUGUCUGUAACUGCUGCGGUAAAACUCUGGCCUGCCUGAAGAACCUGAAGACACACAUGAGGGUCCACACAGGUGAGAAGCCCUUCGUCUGUGCACUCUGUGGCAAACGCUUCUCUGACUCCAGCAACCUGAAACGCCACCAGAGUGUCCACACCGGCGAAAAGCGCUACGGCUGCGUCCACUGCGGUAAACGCUUUGCCCAGUCAGGAUCCCUGAAAGUCCACAUGACCGUCCACACGGACUGCAAACAGUUUAGGUGUUCGUACUGUGGAAAGACCUUCAUCUCCGGCAGCCACCUGCGCCGCCACAUCACCGUCCACGCAGGAGAGAAACGCUUCGCUCCAACGUCUCAGUGACAGGUGGGACCAUUGGAGAAUAAGGUUAGGGGUGAAAUCCUGCAGGACAGUGAAAGUUCUUCAAGGUGGACAAAAUAAACACACACCAAAGCUGAAACAAUUGUUAUGUAAAUGUUAAAACUCUUUGGUUCUAGCUUCUCCAAUGUGAGGAGUCACUGCUUUUCUGUAUCAGUGUUAACUGAAUAAUUUUGGGUUUGAACUGUUUAUCCGUCCAAACAAGACAUUUGAAUACUUCAUAUCUUGAGCUCUGGAAAACUGGGGACAGACAUUUUUCACUGUUUUAUAAACUAAACAAUUAAAAAAGUGUAAUAUACAAAAUUCAGCCCCCAUCUCAG